GUCCUCAGAAGAAAAUAUCAUCAAAUCUGCUUAGAUUUUGCUUUUCACCGAGAAAUUAUAAUGGGCAACGCUCCUUCUGAUGGUACUACUGCUGAAUCAGAGAAUUCUUCAAGUCAUAGAAGAGCUGAUUCUGAGGCAUACCCAAUUACAAUAACGGGUGUACCGAAUGAAGUGAAAGAAAAAAUACUGUCAGUAACUAGCAGCUGUAAGAAUGAAACCAGAGGGGUUCCAGUGUUUGUUAUGCUACCUCUGGACAUUGUCACACAUAUGAAUACUGUUCAUAAGCCAGAAAGAACCAUGGAAAAUCUGAAGGCGUUGAAGAGUAUUGGUGUUGAAGGAGUUAUGAUGGAUGUAUGGUGGGGAAUUGUUGAGAAGGAAGCUCCUGGCCACUAUAAUUGGACUGCCUAUAGAGAACUUAUAGAAAUGAUUAGAAAUUAUGGACUAAAAGUGCAGACUGUCAUGUCAUUCCAUCAGUGUGGAGGAAAUGUUGGAGAUUCUGUCAAUAUUGCUUUGCCCAAAUGGGUGGUUGAAGAAAUGCACAAAGAUAAGGACCUGGCAUAUACAGAUCACUGGGGCAGGCGGAACUAUGAGUAUGUUUCAUUGGGAAGUGAUAGUCUUCCUGCCUUAAGAGGGAGAACCCCUGUUCAAUGCUAUGCUGAUUUUAUGAGAAGCUUCAAAGAGAACUUCAACGACCUCCUUGGUGAGACUAUUGCUGAAGUCCAUGUAGGAAUGGGUCCUGCAGGAGAAUUGAGAUAUCCUUCUUACCCAGAAGCUAAUGGGACAUGGAAAUUCCCUGGAAUUGGAGCUUUUCAGUGCUAUGAUAAGUAUAUGCUAUCUAGCCUUAAAGCCAGAGCUGUAGCUGCUGGCAAUGAAAUAUGGGGUCAUCCAACAAGCAAUGCAGGUCACUAUAACGAUUGGCCAGAGGACACCCAGUUCUUCAAAAGUGAAGGUGGCGACUGGAAUUCACCUUAUGGACAAUUUUUCCUUAAAUGGUAUUCUGACAUGCUUCUCCACCAUGGUGACAUCAUCCUGGCAACUGCUGUACCCGUUUUUAGCAACACAGGUGCAAAAAUUGCUGCUAAAGUGUCUGGCAUCCAUUGGCACUAUGGAACAAGAUCCCAUGCACCAGAGCUAACUGCAGGCUAUUACAAUACUAGAUUUAAUGAUGGGUAUCUUCCCAUAGCUCAUAUGUUUUUUAGACAUGGGGCAAUCUUUAAUUUUACUUGCCUUGAAAUGAGAGACUCAGAUAACCCUCAUAACAUAAAGUGUUCUCCAGAGAAGUUGGUGAAGCAGGUUAUUGUUGCAACUAGGAAAACUGGGGUUGCUAUGGGUGGAGAGAAUGCUCUUCCUAGAUUUGAUGAUGCUGCAUACAGACAAAUUAUAAAGAAUUCCAGCAUGAAACCCUUAUGUGGUUUUACUUAUCUGAGGAUGAAAGAUAGCUUAUUCCAUGGAGGGAAUUGGAGUAGGUUUACCUCUUUUGUGAGAAAAAUGUCUGAAAUUGCGAGUGCUGUGGAUUCCAGGGACGAAGAAUAUACAGAUGCCAAGCUCAAUCACCAAUGAUAUAUGGAUGUCUCAACGACUUCAAAUUUUUAAUGGCACGAACUGCAGAUCUGAAGUACUGUAAUAUUUUUCUGAUUUCAUGAGCUCUUACAAAUGUCCAUUCUAUAUUUCAAGAGCAUUAACCCUGGUGUAAUUUGACUUUGUUUCAAUUUUAUGGAUAAAAUAUUUUUUAUGCAUUA